AGAGCCCGUAUUUCUCAUCUCAAACGGAUAUAAAAGCUAUAAACCCUAAUCUUCCCGUCGUAGGGCCUCCGAAGCUGCUUCUGAGCUUGUCUCUCAUCGCCAAAAUGGUUACUUUCAAGUUUCACCAGUACCAGGUGGUAGGGAGGGCCCUUCCUUCGGAAUCGGAUGAGCAUCCGAGGAUCUACAGGAUGAAGCUUUGGGCUACGAACGAGGUUCGUGCCAAAUCCAAGUUUUGGUAUUUCUUGAGGAAGCUCAAGAAAGUUAAGAAGAGCAAUGGUCAAGUUUUGGCAAUUAAUGAGAUUUUUGAGAAGGAUCCCACCAAGAUAAAAAACUAUGGAAUUUGGUUGCGAUAUCAGAGCCGAACUGGAUAUCACAACAUGUACAAGGAAUAUCGGGACACUACACUCAAUGGUUCUGUUGAACAAAUGUAUACUGAGAUGGCUUCUCGCCACCGAGUUAGGUAUCCAUGCAUUCAAAUCAUUAAGACAGCCACCAUACCAGCUAAGCUUUGCAAGAGGGAGAGCACCAAGCAGAUGCAUAACUCCAAAAUCAAGUUCCCUUUGGUGGUCAGGAAGGUUAGGCCACCCACUAGGAAGCUGAAGACUACAUACAAGGCAUCUAGGCCCAACUUGUUUAUGUAACUGUGAUCUGUAGGAUGUUGGUUCUUGGAUUCGUGCUUAAUUUAGUACUUGUUUAACUAUACAUGUGGGGCAUACCUUUGCUUCUCUGGGUUUCUGUUUUUCCCAUUCCGGGCCUAGAAAACAACCUAUUUUUCUCUCUGAAUUGCACUUCACAGUUUUUGUUGGAUUUGUGUGCUUUGAGAAAACAGAGAUAAAGCUUCCCCAAAAUAUUUUUCUUAGUUGA